AUGAUAACCACAUUUUUAUAUAUUUUGUUCUUGAACGCAGUCGCCUGGGGUGAGGUCAUCCCUCUGAACGUCACCGCUCUCUCAUCCCGCGAUGGUAUCUCAGUGAUACAAUGCUGGCAGCUCGCUUCGAUUCCCGAAGAAGCCCGCUCAGCCAUGAACUACGACUUGGGCGACAUGGACAUGGCGACAUGGUCCAUCAUCCAGCCGCGCACGACUGUUGGCGAGGCCUGGGCUCCCAAUGUUCUACUCACAAUGGUCCUCAAUGGGUUGAUACGGGUCACGGCGCCAGCCCCUGUUGCCAACGAGUCGUCGUCCACGCCUAGUCUGGCGGUAGAUUCGACGGUGGCCGGCUUGCCCGAGACGACGCACACGGCUUACCUGAUGCCGGGGUCAGUGGUGUCUUCAAUGGUCAUCGCAGCGGACAUCAAGGCUGUGAGCACAAUCAGAGGGCAUUUUACCGAGUUCCCGAGCGAUGAAGCGACGGUGCUGGUGCAAAUACCAUUCCGAGGGGGCAAGGCGCCGGAGCACAAGAUCCUCUAUGAUGGGCAAUGCCGCUCGGGCAAGGAGUGA